GUUAAUCAACAAAAACAAAAACCCUAAGCAAUAAUUAGUCCCAAUAAUAUGGCAGCUAAAGUUUACCUGGUGGUAUAUGCAAUUAUAAUGUUGCAAUUAUCUUUGGUUCCAUACAUAUGCCAAUCAAAACUAAUUGAUAGCUCAUUUGGAUUCUUAAACAGCUUAGAAGGAUCCACGAAAGGCCAAGAGAACGUUGAUGGCCUUCACCAGCUUAAAAGUUACCUUGCCAAAUUCGGGUACCUCGAAAAUCAAGUCGUGUUUGAAAAUGACAACUUAUUUGAUGAGAAGCUUGAGAAAGCAAUCAAAACUUAUCAGCGCAAUUACAAGCUAAGUGUUACCGGACAUUUGGAUGGUGCUACAAUAACACAGAUGAUGAAACCUCGAUGUGGUUGUCCAGACAUUAUCAAUGGAAGGAACACGAUGCGAAACAAAGACAUGUACAGAACAUCCUUAUAUGUACUUGGUAAUACGACAUGGCCAUCCUCAAAGUACAACCUAACGUACAAAAUACAAAUCAAUGCGAGUGUUACCGGGACACAAAACAUGAGAUCAAUAGUAGAGGAGUCGUUAAGAAAAUGGGCACAGUACAGCCCUUUCACAUUUUUGGAAGUAACAGACGGUAGCCAAACCGAUUUGAUAUUCGAGGUCUCACAAGACCGAGGGGAUGGAACCCCUUUUGAUGGUCAUGGUGGAUUAUUAGCUCUUUCUUCAUACCCGACUGGUGGGUGGUCACAUUAUGAUCCAAGUGAGAGUUGGACGAGUGAUGACCCAAGACCCGAUCAAAUGGACUUGUACUCCGUUGUGUUACAUGAAAUCGGUCACCUUCUCGGCGUUGACCAUACCUCCGUCCAGAGUGCAGUCAUGUUUCCUAUUAUUAAUGCAGGCCAGAAGAAACGAGAUCUCCAGCCGGAUGAUAUUCAAGGGAUUGAAGCCUUGUAUCAUUCAAGCUAAUUUAAUUACGUUUUUAAGUUAAUGCCUAAUAUAAUUAAUCGAAUAGUUAUACUUGUACAAGGCCGAUUAAAUUAUUUCUGUUACAAAAAAGGGUAAUAUUUUACCUUGUAAUUCAAAGGUACUCCAUGCUGGUGAUGCUACACACGAGAUCACAAUAAUAUAAACUAGUUUUUAU